AUGUAUUCAAAAGGACAUGAAGUCAUUAAAACACUGAAGACAUUGAUAAGCGAUGACGAAACAUCUUUUGAACAAAAUAACAUCAAAUACCUUUACAAUCAAAUAAUUCCUGUAGACAAAAAACAUUAUAAACCAUUUGCAGACAAUAACGGUUUUGAUGAAACGGAAUCAAAAGCAUUAGAAAUUAGCUGUAAGAUAAAUACAUUUAGAGAAAAAAGUUCUGGGAAAAUACGAAGCAUUGUGGACUUGAAUUGCGAUGAACUGGAUAAGGAAAAUUCGGUCAGACAACCAAAAAACCGAGUCAAAAACGUGAGACUGAACUGUCAAAUUUCCGAAAGUUCUUCUGUUAACAUCCAAGCUUUUCCAAAUAAACAAAUAAUUCAUCGCUACUAUAAAAAAGAAUUUAAAAAUAAAUUGGACGACAAUGAUUGUUAUUAUGAAUCUAAAAAAUGUACAAAUUCAAAUAAAUAUAAGGAGCUUAAAUGUAAAAAAAUUGAAGAACCACAUAUAUCUAACAAGCAAUCUGAAGUUUGCAGUAAUAGUGAUAGUAGCAGCGAAAAAGACUCCAACAAAAUAGUUGUCAAAAAAAGGAAGAAAAAACAAAAGAGAAAAGAACGAGAUUGCAAUAACGAGCCCAACUCACAGUCUAAAAAAGAAAUUAGCAGCGUGCAUAAUGAUCAAGUAGCAUCCGUCGCUAAAAGUGGUGAAACCCAAACAGUGCCAAUUUUAGAGAACAGACAAAUAGUUCAAAGUGAAACAAUAAUAAAGCAAUCAAUAAAAGUUGAUGAAUGUUGUCAAACAAGUUGCAACAUUAUAGCUGGAAAACAAGAAAAUAAGGUCAAUGUUUCAAUGGACGAUGUUGUUGAUAAAUGUGUGAUUAAGCAACAAAAAUUAAAUUCGAUCAAUCAAAAUUCAAAAUGUAAAAAAUUAUUGCGGCUAAAAAAGCUUCAAAAUCAAAGAAAAAAAAACUCAAAAGAACUCUCAACAACAAAAGAGUUGCCUAAACUACUGGAAUCUCUCAAAAAAUUGUCAUCACCUUACGAGAGUGAAAGUGAAUUAGCAGAAGACAUUUCAGAGAAAAAUCAGGCACGUGACAAUGAUUUGAACCAAAGUUUGACAGUCGAUGGUCUUCGACACAGACAUAAACGCCUUUCAUUUAUGAAAAAUAAAAAAAAUGAAUUGAGAAAACACGAAGGCUUGACUGAAAGUGCUCCUUGCAAUGUUUCAUCGCUUUCUGAUUUGAUAUUUUGUUUCUACAUGCUGUUUGGUGCAUUGUGUAACUUAUUUAUUAAAUUAUUAGCGUUAUUUUCUGAAAAUCUACUUCAAAGUUAUCCAAGUACGAAAAAUGAAAUAAACAAAACAAAUAAAGAUUCAAAACAUGAAAACAAACCAAAAUAUUUCAGAAAAAAUUCUUUAAAUAAAAAAUUUGAAAAGUUUGCUCAAAAUAAAAAUGAGUUACCAAUAUCAAACAAAAUGAAGGAACGAAAGAAACCUUCAAAUCCUACUCGCAAUAACAGCGAUAUUGAAACUAGCACAUAUUCUUCUGAUUCGACAAGCAAUCAUACUUUAGAUAUUAUUUGGAAAUUGAUAUGCAAAUGUUGCAAAAAGGUCAACGAAGACAUAUUUUCAAAAAAUGGCGAUGACAAAACUGUUGAACAAACUCCGGAUCAAAUUGAAGAAACAAAUAAAAAUUUGGCUGUUCAAACUAGACCCAAUAGUUUGACUAAUAGUGUAAAAAAAGAAGAGCACAAUAAAGUGUCGCAAAGGAGCCAAAAAGUAAAACGUUCCUCGGCUAAUAAUUUAAAAAAUAGCCAACGUUCUAGCGAGAAACAACAUUUGAAAGAGAGUAAGGAAUAUAAUGAAAGUUCUCUCGCCGAACGACAAAUCUCGACAUUUGAAGAUGACGAAAAGUUUAUGAAACCUGACAAACAACAAUGUAAAAAUAAUGAUCAACAUUUUCAACAAUUACAACAACCCCAACCUCAAAAUCAAAGUGAAGAUAAUGAACAACGUUUGUUACAAUCUCAACAAUUGGCGCAACAACUUCAAAUUCAAAAUCAACUUCAGCAAUUAACCAUGAUGCAGAUAAAUAGUUUGUUAAAACUUACAACUAACACAUUGAAUAAAACGCAUAGUGAAUGUGUAAGCCUGAAAGAAGUUAAUCCAGAAAAAUUAAAAACAUCCCAAGAACAAGAGAAAGAAAAAAUGAACUUUAAACAGAAAUAUGAAAAUGAAAUGAACGAAGAAAAAGGCAGCAGGGAAGAUAAUACACAAAAUAAAAAUAAAGAUAAUAAAACUAAAAAAGAAAGCAAAGAAACUCAAUACACCAACGUUGCCUCAGACGGAGAAGUUGAAAAAAGGAUAUCAUCACAAUACAAAGAUGUCCGAGAUGUAUCUAAAAUGAAUGAGAAAAGUCUUGAUUUAAUAUUCUCUGAAAUACGGAAAUCGUUACAGAAAAAAAUUCAAACUCAACAAUUACCAGCUAUUGCACUAAUCCGUCAAGAUCCUAAUAAAACCAGAGAUUUUGACGAUUCUCCUGACGAGCGAAAGGAUAGCAAUUUAAAAAAUUUUCAAAAAUCAUCUGCUUCCAGGAAAGGCGUUCUUGCAAAAGACGAAACUAGAUCAAUAUAUUCAUCUAUUUCAAAUCAAAUGGGAGAAACAAAGAUUGAUUUAAAAAACAUGAGUAAAAAAGCAAAAAAGUCAGAUGAUACAGAAAGCAAACCCUUCCUUGAAAAUUCUGAUCGACUCUCAGGAAAAAGCAAAAUUGAACCAGCGUUGGGAAAUAAAAAAGAAUUCUCCAUCAAAUCACCCAACUCUAUAAUAUCAAAAGAUACUUAUUUUUCAUUAAAAAACGAACAAUAUUUGGAACGUGUGUCAAAAAACGAAAAACCAAAAGUAUCAGAUGAAUAUCUUACCGCUCAACCAAAAAAUGAUGGCAUUCCAUUAAAUGAAUCAGACCAUUCUGAACCCACAACUAAAGUGGCAAGAUCAGGUGAGAUACAACCUAAUAUGGAAACUGACAGAAGUCUGGUUGUAUCAAAAAAGGACUCAAAUAAUUUUGGUUCCAAAAAUUCAUGGACAGAUGACAAAAAUUCUGGAAACCAACUAAAAGAAAUCGAUAAGAUUUCGAGCCUUUUGACACCAGUUCCUGAACAAGACGAAGAAAAUUUAAUCGAUGAACCAUUUGCAGAUCAUGCACAUUACGAAGCGUUUGACGAAAAAAAUGAUAAUAGAGAAAAUGAAAAUAAUUACUCUAAAAUCGAGCAAAAAGACAUACCAGAAAUUUUCAUUCCAAGCAGAGCUUCGGCAAAAUAUGAUAAGGACCAAGGGAGCAGUAUGCGGUCCAGUGAGAAAAAGUAUAGUUCUCUUGAAAAAAAACGUGUUGGUAUAUCGAAAAUGAAAGGUUCUGUCAAAACAUUGUCAGAUGAAGUCACUGAAGAUGAACAAGUUGGCAACCAAAAUAAAGAUAGUGACAAGGAUAGCGCAAAAAGUAUGAGUAAAUCCUCUUACUCAAACCCAUACCGGAUACAAAGACUCAGUGAUAACUUAUUACCAGAAAAAACGGAAAAUAAAUUGACUUCAACCUCUAACGAAUCCGUAAGAACUUCUCUAAGAAACAAAAGUGAUGCAUUCGACAAUGAUAAGGAAAAGAGUUUAGGAUCACUUUCUUUAGAUGCAUAUUUUCUUAAAUUACAAAAUAAUUCAGAAAUGGAUUUCAACGAUUUCAAAUAUAAAUCGAUAUUUAGUAACAGCCUGAGGAGCGCUCAAAUAGAGAAUAUUGAAGAAAAAACCACUGAAGCCCUAAACGAAGCAAUUGCCCAAGGAGCUUUGGCCCAACCCUUUAAACGUAGCCAAUAA